AUGGAGGGUGAACAUGCGGAUUUUGAUGAUGAUCAUGAUAGAGAUGAGGGUUUUCCGGAUGAAGACCCUCCGUUUCAGCCAGAAAAUGCAUUUUCGGACGAUGGACGUUACCAGGAUGAUGGCCGGUAUCCUGAUGAUCGUUACCAGGAUGGUUCUCCUCUGCACAAACAUGAUGACCGUUACCAAGGUGGGCCUCGCCAAAUGAGGAUGAUGAGACCUCAGUUCCGCCCAAGGUUCCAAGGAGGCUACCGAGGACAUCCACGAAUGCAGAUGCAUGGUGGUGGCCGAUCGAAUUUCAUGCGUCCAGGGAUGGCUCCACAUCGUGGCGGUCCACCGUAUGAUGGCUACGGUCCACCUCCAAUGGGCAUGCCAAGAGGAUACCCGCCAAGAUUCAGCCCUCAAUAUCCUGGACGUUUUCAAGGUAUGAAUGAUGACCAGAUGGAUGAGCAAAUGGAUGAGUCGCAUCCUCCAAACGAUAUGAAUUACCCAGGGCAUGGUGGAGAUAUGCAAAUGCCUCCUAAUUCUUUUCCUAACAUGCAGCACAUGCGUAUGCGAGGCGCACCGCCUCCUUUUAUGUCAAAUAACAAGUCAAUGCCUCCUGAUCAGCAACAGCCAGCGGCAGUUCCAUCAAUUGGAUCGAACGCAACAGGGCCCCAGCAAUACAACACGAAUGCCCCACCUUUUAAUAACCCGCCUGGGCCUCAUUACGGCGGACCUCAACCUCCGUUUGGAGGGCCUCCUGGUGCUCCGUAUUCUGGACCUCAAAAUGUUCCACCUUUCGGAGGCCCACCAUUCAACGGGCCGCCUGUUUCUCAGUACAAUGGUCCUCCGUACAACGGUCCACCUGUGUCGCAAAUGAACACGCCUCCCUGCGAUCCAAAUGCAGUGCCACCAUCAUGCUCACAGUUCGCUCCACCUGUCAGACCGUUCGGUGCACCAUCCGGCCCCUUUCCUGUGCCUCCAACCACACCCUAUGGUGGCCCAUCUCCUGGGCCAAAUUCUCAACCUGCUGGUUCAUUCAACGGGACCUCACAGUUCCCUGGGGGUCCGACUUGUCCACCCACUAGUGUUCCCCAAGGCACUCCUAAUAAUAUGCCUCCAACGCUGCCUGGGGCUCCAGUUCCUGUGGCACCGCCAGUUGCUGCUCCUGCACCCGUCUGCCCUCAAACUGCUACUCAGUCUCCAGCUACACAAUCAUCUGCUCAGCAACCUGUUGCUGCUUCUCCGGCCACGGUGCCACCAGCUGCUCAACCACCAGUAUCAAAUGCACCACCACCGUUUCCUUAUCCGGCCCCGAUUCCAUCAGCUUCUGAUUCACCACACUUUGGUCUUCCGCCUCCUUGCUUCCCUGGGAUGCCAACAGCUCCACCCCGACACAUGGUUAUGCAAACAAUUCCGGGACCGGGCAUGCCUCAUAACACAAUGCCGUGCCCAGCCAUGCCUCCUAUGCCAAUGAUGGGCCCCCCACCGCUCCCUGGUAUGCCACCUAUGCCACACCCUUUGCCUCCAUUUCGCCCUCCCAUGCCUUUCAUGCCACCAGUGAUUCCUGUCAACGCUUUCCCGCCAACUAUGAUGCAGCCUAGGGUUGUUGAUGAUAUAUGGGUCGAGAACCUUACAGCUGAGGGGAAGUCGUACUACUACAACAUGCGUACUCGUGAAACCCGAUGGGACAGACCUGAAGGCGUCACUGUUGUUCGUCAAGGUGAGGUAGAGGGCACAAUAAAGCCUGCCACCGCUUUUCCAAUGACUACAACGGCUGUAUCCACAGGCGUUAGCACACCAUCCGUAACUACAACCGUUACACCCGUCAGACCUCCAGAGGUUGCAGUAUGGACAGAAUAUCACAACCAAGAUGGGAAGGCCUACUACCAUAAUGUAAAAACAGGAGAGACAACAUGGGAGAAACCAAAGGUUCUGAUAGAUUGGGAAAAGCAACAAUCAGAGUCGAGUGCCAGUCAGAUGACCCCAGAACAACCAAAUCCCACUCCACCAGCAAAGACAACACCAGCAGCUGUCACAGCGCCAGUUGUUGAAAACAAGAAAACUGUGCCAGCGGAGUCAACCGAGAACUCCAAAGUCGCUGAAAGUUCGAAAUCUGAAGCAAGUGAGAAUGGAGUGACUGAGUCAAGUGAACAGGAGUCUAAAGCGGAUUCAGGGAAGGCUUCGAAAGAUAGUAGUAGGCCUGUAUCUAGCACAGCUGUUCAUGGGACGCCUUGGUGUGUUGUAUGGACUGGCGAUGGUCGAGCCUUUUUCUUCAAUCCCAGCCAGCGACUCUCUGUGUGGGAGAAACCUGAUGAGCUUAAGGGUCGUGCGGAUGUUGAUCGCUUGCUAGAAAAACAGCCAAACGCAUCACUAACGGGUCAAGUCAGCUCCCCUCAGGCAAAUGCCUCAACAAAUGACAACGGAUCUGAAGCAGUUGAUGGGAGUUCUGCCCCAAAAGAGCACGUCUGGAGAAUGACGAAGCGAAUGGUCCAGUAA